AUGGUUGCUCUCAAGAGCACCGCUCUCAACAUGAUGGCCAUCGGUGCCAUGGCUGCUGUCGCCAAUGCCGAUCAGUCGCUUGAGAAGCGCUACACUUCAUCCUCUUCUGGAUCUCUCGUCAAGGGCGGCUGCUACUACAGCGUCCCCAAUGUUGGUCUUUUCACCACUAGAAUGACCUACUCUUGGGACAACGCCUUCACUCUGGCUGCCACCGGUGUCGGUGUGGUCCAGGACCUUGUUUCCUCCCUCUACACUGUCGGUGCCGGCAACUCUCCCCUUCCCCGCCGCUUCGACCUGGUCAACAUUGGUGUCUCGCUCCUUGACCCCUCCAUCACUCUGACCGUCCCCGGUGGUCAGACCAAGGGUCCUAUCUCUUCUGCUCAGAUUACCACUGCUUACGAUGACAUCCUUUACGGUUCCGUCCGUACCGUCGCCAAGAUCUCCAGCGUUCCUGGUACUACCCACGGUUUCUCUUUCUACGCCAACGACACUCAGGAGAUUGAUUUCGCCUUCUUGACCACCAGUUCUGGUGUUGCUCACUUGACCAACGAGCAGGUCUCUGCCGAUAGCCCUGCCACAUCCUACCAAGUCUCGGCUCCUAGCGAUGCCACUUCAGCCUACCACGAGUACCGUGUUGACUGGCUUCCUGGAAAGGCCAUGUUCUACAUCGACUCUAAGCUGGUGCAAACCAUCACUGGCAACGUGCCCACAAGCCCUGGCUUCUGGUUGUGGAACAACUGGUCCAACGGCAACGCCUGGGCUCAAGGUCCUCCCGCCAAGGAUAAUGUCCUCAAGAUCCGCAGCAUCGACGGCUACUUCAACCGCACCAGCGUC